AUGGAUAAUUUGUUUUCUUUAACGAAUGAGUCAAUUAAUUUCUUCGACAAUUUUAAACUUUUCUUGAAAAAGGUGAUUACAAAACCCGAGAUUUUCAUAGUUGCAGAAAAAAGUCUUUCCUUGGAAGCACUCAUUAUUUUGAUAAACGCAAAGACAGAAGGAUUCCCUAGAGUGACGAGGGAUAACACACAACCUGAAGAUCUCGACGAAUUGGUUAGUAGUUGCGAACAAUGUGAAGAUAUGAAAAAGAUCAGGCAGUCUUCGAUUUUAGCGAUACCACAGAGAUACAGCAUGAUUGUUCCGAGAUCGACAUACUUGCAAUCAAUGGAUGAUGACGAAUGGAACACAGCUUUUCACUCUGAACUUGAUGACCAAUUCUUUAACUUGGCCGAGUUCAAUGAGACUACUGGGAACAAUAAAUCUUUCAAAAUAAGUCCGCAUGCUAACGCAAGUGAUGAAGAUGAUAUUGAUUAUUUCACCU